CCCGGGCGGUCGGGGGGAGGGGGCGCGAGUCUCGCGAGACUGCGGCGGCGGGAGGUCAAGUCGGCAUGCGCAUUUAGAUCCUCCGAAGUGUUCGCGUAACCCAGCAGUCAGCGAUGGGUCUGUCUGCGUCGACUCCUGCCGUCGCCGUCCCGACCCCGGACGGAUCGGCUCCUCGGCCGGCGUCCCCGCCCUCGGGGUGUCCCGUGCACGAAGGGAAAGCGCGAGGUUGCCCAGUCACUGGGCGGUCGCCUGCGAAACCCACCGGAAGCCAAGCCAACUCGGUUCCUGCACAUCAAGACCGAGCGUACGAAUACGUGGAGUGUCCCGUAAAGUCUUCUGCGUCUCAGACUCGAGAUGAUCUAGAUCCCACAAACAUGAUGCCUCCGCCUAAUCAGACCCCAUCCCCGGGUCAGCCGUUUGCCCUGUCGACUGUCCGAGAGGAAUCGUCGAUUCCCAGAGCGGAUUCGGAGAAGAAAUGGGUGUAUCCCUCGGAGCAGAUGUUUUGGAAUGCAAUGUUGAGGAAAGGGUGGAGGUGGAAAGACGAUGAAAUAAAUCAGAAAGAUAUGUAUAAUAUUAUCAAGAUUCAUAAUCAGAAUAAUGAACAGGCCUGGAAAGAGAUUUUAAAGUGGGAAGCCCUUCAUGCCACGGAAUGCCCGUGCGGGCCGACCUUGGUCCGAUUCGGAGGUAAAGCCAAAGACUAUUCGCCGAGAGCGAAGAUACGCUCUUGGAUGGGGUACGAGCUGCCCUUCGACCGACACGACUGGAUUGUUGAUCGCUGCGGAACGGAGGUCCGGUACGUCAUCGAUUAUUACGAUGGCGGAGAAGUCGGCAGGGACUACCAAUUUACCAUUUUGGACGUGCGUCCGGCUUUCGAUUCUCUUACCGCUGUUUGGGACAGGAUGAAGGUAGCUUGGUGGCGCUGGACUUCAUAACCGCCGUUCAGCUUCGACCGACGAGGCUCUGGACUGUAUUCCUUUCCCUAAAAGGACACUCAGCGAUAUUCCUCCGACCGACGCCGAGUUCGCGAAGGAAGGUGAAAAAUGCCGGGAAUUAAAUUUAACGCUACGCGCCGAUAGUAGUCUGCUCUCUGCAGCAGCCCGCCUUGCGGUUAAAAGAAAAGAGAGCGUCGGUUUCAGAUUUGCCAACUUCGGCGAAAUGAUCGGCUCCCUUAUAUUAAAAAGAAAAAAGCGCGUGAA